AUGGAGGUUUAUAGCGAUGACGUCACUUUGACAGUGGAAUUAGCGAGGAUCAUAACUCGCAAUCUCGCAGUUAGUGUUGAAAUUAAGAUCGCCGGAGCGGUCACGUACGGGGUCGCCUUGUUUGAAAUACGAAGGAACUCAUCGGUAGAGCUCGUUAAGCGUCGAAGCGUGCUUUUAUUACAGCAGGCGUGCGCCUCGGACGGGCGACACUUGAAUAUUAAACUGGCAGCAUUGGGUCAUGUAUACACAGAAUACUGA